CUAUAAAGUGCGCCACCGGGUACUCAUGCAGGCAGUUCACAGGCGCACUUCAACCAGAACAGAGCUCAUGUCGCACUCUACCCGCACUUCCCAGCACGUGUAGACCGAACGCUGACAGCUGUACACAUUGUCAUGCAAUAGGGAAUUCCUAUCCGCAACAUCAACUCGUAUACAACACAUACCAAGAUCAGCAUCUUCGGUUUUGUUUUGGUUUGUUUGCGAGGAUAGCAUACUGAAGAUGGAGGCUUUUCGAUCGAACGGCUCCUGCCCAAAGCAGGCACUUCUCAGCUACGUCAACAACAAUGUCAUUGGAGGAGAGGCGAAGUUCCGUGGUCCGUUUGGACAGAGAAGGGUGAUAUAUUGCGAUUACACAGCUUCUGGAAGGCCUCUUCGAUGCAUUGAGAACUACAUCAGCGAGCACGUCUACACCAUGUACGCCAACACUCACACCACAACUACUGUGACCUCCAAGCAAACUACGCAGUUCAGGCACGAAGCCAGGGAAUUGAUCCGAGGUUGCGUGAACGCGACCGAAGAUGACGCAGUGAUUUUCACGGGCAGCGGCUCCACUGGGGCCAUACACAAACUCCUCAAUGCUAUGGAACUACACGGGGAAAAAGCAAAAAGGACGAUGGUGUUGGUGGGUCCGUUCGAACAUCACUCCAACAUCCUACCAUGGCGAGAGAGCGGAGCUAGGGUUGUGCGGAUCCAACAGACGCCUCAGGGGCUGGUAGACCUGACUGACUUGGAGUCUAAGCUCCAGACGUACUGCCAAGAGUACGAUCUGAUCCUAGGCUGCUUCUCAGCCGCAUCCAACGUCACCGGUAUCAUCACCGACACCAAGCCGGUGGCGGCGCUCUUGCAUCACUACGGAGCUCUCUCCUUCUGGGACUACGCUACGGCAGCGCCGUAUUUGGACAUUGAUAUGAAUCCAGAAGAAUCUAGACCAGACUGGGACUGCUCGAAGGAUGCCGUAUUCAUAUCCACACACAAAUUCGUCGGAGGCGUCGGGACACCAGGACUUCUGGUUGCUAAGAAACGCCUCUUUGUUAACAAAGUCCCUCACGGAGCUGGCGGGGGCACCGUUGCAUAUGUGUCACGUGACAUGUACCACUAUCUACGGGAUAUUGAGGCGAGGGAGGAAGGCGGCACUCCGGCUAUCGUAGAAUCCAUCCGCGCUGGGCUGGCCUUCCAGAUAAAACACGCCGUGGGCGUACACCACAUCGAGGAGCGGGAGGAGCAGCUAGCAAGAUACGCGUUCGCGAGGUGGCAAUCCAACGAGAACCUUCUCAUCCUCGGCAACAAAGACGUGUCCCGUCUCCCCAUCUUCUCCUUCUUGAUCAGGCAUCCGCAGACGGGCAAAUUCCUGCAUCACAACUUCGUCUCCGUCCUCCUCAACGACCUCUUUGGCAUCCAGGCUCGAGGCGGGUGCGCAUGCGCGGGUCCCUACGCCCACGAUCUUUUGGGCAUUUCGGAAGACAGUGCCGUCAAGUUUUACGAUCUCAUCCGCGAGGACAGGAGAAACAUGUGUAAUGAGGAGCCGGCUGAGGCAGUCCGGCCGGGGUUCGUUCGCAUCAAUCUCCCGUACUUUGCCACUGAGGAGACUAUCGAUUACAUCGUAUCGGCAAUCGACAUGGUCGCUACUCACGGCUGGAAGCUACUACCACAGUACCGGUUCGAUCUGAAGAGCGGUGCAUGGACCCACCGCGUCGGUGUCAGGGGCAAGGGCCCCGGCUUAUCGAGCCUGAAUGACAUCUGUUACGACCAGGGUUUCAUGGAGAUUGCCUCGGACGACUCCGAGGACCAGUGUCUCGGCCAGACCAGGCUAGCUCACUACCUGGAGGAAGUACGGGCGCUCUUUGAGCAAGCCGUGGAGGAUAACUUGGUGUUUGACGCUCUACAAGAUCCCGAGGUCCAACUCAGCGAACCUUACCAAGAUUUCCUCUGGUUCGUCCAGCCGCGCGAGGCGGCCGUCUGCCUGAACGAUGCCUGGCAGCAGCAGUUCCAACUGACCCUGAAGGGCGGCUACUUCUUCGUGAUCGACGAUGGCUUCUUGGAGACUGAGUCUGAGGAAGUCAUGGGCGGUUACGAGGAGUCUCUGGUCCCGGAAAUGGACCAAGAGGAUGCCGCCACCGUUCCGUAUCAGGAGCUGCCCCAGUACGGUUACUCCGAGAGUUUCCUCGCUGGCAGCGAAGAUGUGGCGGUGGUGCCCGGGGACGACGCCGCGUCAGACCCGUUCAGUUUCAACGGCGACAUGGAGAUGUAUACGGGGAAUCUCACUUCCACUUACGACUUCAUCAAACUGGGUCACGGUGGGGAAUUCGAACCAGGUGAAAAGCCCAGAUCCAGGCAUCCGUCUCUAUGUCGUGCCUUCUCGAACGAAAGUGGUUACACCAGCGAUAGGGAGGAAUUUCCAUACGUGAACGCCGUUUGACAGCGCAUGAUACGAGACGGUAAAACCGAUGAAGUAUUUUCACGCAUCACAGUGGACAUGUGUUUUUCUGGUUUAGAACUGAAACAUGACUUCGUAAGUUGAGCCUAAAAAAUUCACUUUAAAGGAGGAGGGACUAAUUCCUACUUAAGUGUAUAGUCACAUUAACAUUUUGGGAAACAGUUGCACCGCAAUAUUAAUCUCUUUGUAUUUGUAUAAAUAUAUAUAUACAUAAGUCAUAAUUCAGCUGUAACAUUUGGUGAUAUUGCAUGCUUUCAAUACUUCUAACUUAUUUUACUCUCAGUACUUCAACAGUAAAUCCGUUCUGGUCAAUAACUGACUGCGUGUUUGUUUAUAUUUACUAUUCUCUGGUAAGUGAGUGAAGACUGUUUAAAGUAAUUUAAGAAUUCAGAUGAUAGAUUUCGACUACAGAUGAUCUUAAAAAGUAUUCAACGGAAGUUUUCUGGGAAUGAAAAGUUUGGAUGGAAAAUGAUGGAAAUUAGUGAUAUUUCUUGUGAAUUAAAUUUGGAUUUGGGGUCUUGUUGCAUCUUAGCCAAUGAAAUACAAUUUGUGAAUUACUUUCUUGCCACAGGGAUACUAAGAAAUAAAACAUGACUUAUAAUCAACUUA